GACGUGUUCUCUAAACCGUGAAGAAUCGUCUGUGCCGAGAGACGUUAUUCAGCGUCAACGUUUUUAUACCUGUUGCAUUUUUGUCUGUUGCGCCGGGUUGAAAUUAAAUUGUCGUUUAUUGUGCACUUUAUGCAAACAAAUUCCACACGCUAGACUAGCUAAAUCGCAUAACAUCAGGCAGCUGCCGGACGUAAUAUUUAGACGGAAAUACUCAAAUUAUCAACAAAUACACACAAUGGGUUCUACGCUCUGCAAGGAAUACAAAACAACUGGCAAGGUAACGCCCAAUCCGGAUCAGAACUCAGGUGCCGUCGGUUCCUAUCAGUCGAAGUGCGAUAACAAAACAAUGUCGACCAGCGUGACAGACCCAGAUGCGGAGUACACGGAGCCCGUGGCCGUGUGCAAGGCGAACGAAAUCCAGGAGAACGAAAUGAAGCAGCUGGAGUUCAAUGAGGACACCAACGUGCUGCUGGUGAAGCAGAACGGACGGCUCCAUGCACUGGGCAACAAGUGCACCCACUACGGUGCACCGAUGCAUACGGGCGGAUUGGGUGUCGGACGCAUACGUUGUCCGUGGCAUGGUGCCUGCUUCAGCUUGGAGACGGGCGAUAUUGAGGACUUUCCGGGCCUGGACUCGCUGCCCUGCUACAAGGUGGACGUCAGCGCCGAGGGCGAGGUCAUGGUGCGCAUGAAGCGCAGCGAUUUGGAGAAGUCGAAACGUCUCAAGGAUAUGGUCAAGCGCCAGCCGCAGGACGAGCGCUGUUAUAUUGUUGUCGGCGGCGGGCCGUCGGGCGCCGUCUGUGCGGAGACACUGCGCCAGGAGGGCUACACGGGUCGCCUGAUCCUGGUGUGCCGCGAGCCCUAUUUGCCGUACGACCGCGUCAAGGUAUCCAAGGCGAUGAGCAUCGGCAUCGAGAGCCUGGUAUUCCGUGACGAGCAAUUCUACAAGGAUCACGACAUCGAAGUCUGGCUGGGCGUCAGCGCCGAGAAGCUGGUGACCGCCCAAAAGGAGCUGCACUGCUCCAACGGCUACGUGGUCAAGUACGACAAGAUCUAUAUAGCCACCGGCUGUUCGGCCUACAAGCCGCCCAUUCCGGGCGCCGAUUUGGCGAAUGUGAAAACCAUACGCGAAUACGAUGAUGCUCGGGCCAUACUUGAUCUGGUCACGCCCCAAUCGAAUGUCGUCUGUCUGGGCUCCAGUUUUAUAGCCCUGGAGGCGGCGGCGUUUCUGGUCACGAAGGUGGCCAGCCUUACGGUUGUGGGACGCGAGAAUGUGCCGCUAAAGGCCGCCUUUGGCGAGCAGAUCGGCAGACGCAUUCUGAAGCUGUACGAGGACAACAAUGUCAACAUGUUAAUGGGCAGCGGCAUCAUGCAAAUCAUUGCCGACGACGGUGGCAAGCUGGUCGAGGUGAAGCUGCGCGACGAGACGACAAUACCCUGUGAUCUGCUCAUCAUGGGCACCGGCUCCAAGCUGAACACCGAUUUCCUGGCCAAUUCGGGCGUGCGACUCAACAAGAAUGGUUCGGUCGAUGUUACCGACUUUCUGGAGACAAAUGUGCCCGAUGUCUAUGUGGGCGGCGAUAUAGCCAAUGCCCAUAUCUACGGACUGGCCCAGUCGCGCGUCAACAUCGGACACUAUCAGCUGGCGCAGUACCAUGGACGGAUCGCGGCGAUCAAUAUGUGCGGCAGCAUCAAGAGAUCCGAGGCGGUGCCGUUCUUCUUUACCCAAAUCUUUGGCAAGGGCUUUCGCUAUGCGGGCCAUGGCAGCUACAAGGAGAUCAUCAUCGAUGGCAGCCUCGAGGAUCUGCAGUUUGUUGCAUAUUUUGUUAAUCAUGCCGAUACCGUUACGGCUGUCGCAUCCUGCGGCCGGGAUCCGAUUGUUGCCCAGUUCGCGGAGCUCAUCUCGCAGGGCAAGUGCCUGGGACGCAAUCAGAUCGAGAACGAGGCCGAUCGCCAGGCGUGGACCGCAAUGCUCAAGCAGCCGCUGCCCAAAAUACGCUAAUUCGAUCAUUUGAUCACAAAAAGGUCGGCUCAUAUGGUCCGAUCGGCCGAUUCCAUGCCAGUUAUUAUUUAGCAACACGAGAUUCAUUCUUAUAUAUAUCUAUGUAUAGUAUUAUGCGUGAGCCGCUCGAAAAAAAAAACUAUUUGUUAUAUUUGUUAAAUCGUGCAAGUUUUAUAUGGAUUAUGCGCAGCUAUAUCUAUAUAUAUAUAUCUAUUUCUAUAUGUGCCUGCAAUUUGCUCGGUUUCAAAAUUAUUUCAUGAUCGUCUGUUCCCCGUAUUCUUGCACCUAGGCAAAACAGUUUUGUACAAUAAAUAAAUAUGUUAUUUA